AUGGCGCCCAAGCAGGCCACUUUGGGCAAGUUCUUCGGCGCUAAAUCGGACGGGCCAGCUCGGCAAUCCAAGCUUGCUUUCUCAACAAAGCCCAAGACCGAGACUGAAUCUGCCGAUGGUGGCUCGAGCACAAAGGAGAAUACAGAUCCAGAUGCUGACUCGAAAAAGCGCAUUCGAUUAGCCUCAAGUAGCGACUCCAAAGCAUCGAUCAAGAAGGAUGAGGACGAAGACAGCGCACCCGUCGCAAAGCGCCCACGACGCAGCCGCGUUAAAAUCGAAGACGAUGACGAGGAUAUUGUCCCUACAACGGAGCCAAUCAAGAAAGAAGAACAGAUGGACUCGCCAGUCAAAGUCGAAUCCUCUGCUGAGCCUAGUCCUGAGCCGCCCGCGAAGAAAGAAAAUGGCGUCGACCAGGACUUCAAGGAGGAGGCCGCUGCGGAGUCUGGCUCAGACGUUGAGGGCGAUCUAGAGGAAAAGCCUGAAGUUGCUGCAAAGGCGCGCAAACUGGCUCAAACGAAACUCAGCUCCAAGACCAAGGAUCCAUACCCGGACUGGAAACCUGGGGCUCCCGUCCCGUACGCUGCGUUAUGCACUACCUUCUCUCUCAUUGAGAUGACGACUAAGCGGUUAAUUAUCAUGGAGCACUGCGCGCUUUUCUUACGCCAAGUCAUGCGUCUCACCCCUGAUGACCUCCUUCCUACAGUCUUGCUCAUGAUCAACAAGUUGGCCCCCGACUAUGCUGGUAUUGAACUUGGUAUCGGCGAGUCAUUGAUCAUGAAGGCCAUCGGCGAGUCGACUGGACGAAGUCUGCAAGUUAUCAAGGCUGAUCAAAAAGAAAUUGGCGAUCUCGGCCUCGUCGCUUUGAAGAGCAGAUCGACACAACCAACCAUGUUCAAGCCGAAGCCACUGACGGUUCGCGGCGUCCAUCAGGGUUUGAUGGGCAUUGCCACCGUCACUGGAAAUGGAGCGCAGGGCCGCAAGGUUGAUGGUAUCAAGAAGCUUCUUUCUGCGUCUGAUGCACACACCAGGGGCAAGGUUGACAUUACCCAAGACAAAGGUGGCCCGAGCGAAGCCAAGUAUAUCAUUCGGUUCCUUGAAGGAAAGCUUCGGUUGGGUCUGGCAGAAAAGACUGUUCUAGUAUCUCUUGCGCAGGCCGUUGUUUGCCACGAUGCUGACCAGCGCGGCAAGCUGCCAAGCACAGCGGACAUGGAGAAGGGUGAGAGUAUUCUCAAGACAGUCUACAGCGAACUUCCCAGCUACGACGUCAUCAUCCCUGCCAUGCUCUCCCAUGGUAUUCUCAACCUGCGUGACCAAUGCAAGUUACAGCCUGGUGUACCACUGAAGCCCAUGUUGGCAAAGCCUACAAAAGCCAUCACUGAAGUUCUUGAUCGCUUCGAGGGUCAGACAUUCACGUGUGAAUACAAGUACGACGGCGAGCGUGCUCAAAUCCAUUACGUUGCCAAUGACGCCCCUCAAGAACUCAGCCAGGCCGCACCUGGCGCCCACAAAGAAGCAGCGAAGGGAGUGGCCAGCAUCUUCUCUCGCAAUUCGGAAGACCUGUCCAAGAAGUAUCCAGACAUUCUCGCCAAGCUCCAUAGCUGGGUCAAGGAGGAUACCAAGAGCUUUGUUCUCGACUGCGAGACCGUCGCGUGGGACACGGUAGAAAAGACGGUGCUGCCUUUCCAGCAGCUCAUGGCGAGAAAGAAGAAGGAUGUCAAAGUGGAGGAUGUCAAGGUCAAGGUCUGCGUCUUUGCCUUUGACCUACUCUACCUAAACGGACAACCUGUUGUGGAAAAGUCACUGCGCGAACGGAGAGCGCUUCUGGAACAGGCAUUUGUGCCUGUAGAGGGCGAGUUCGCCUUUGCCACUUCGAUGAACGGCCAGGAGCUUGACGAGAUUCAAGUAUUCCUGGACGAAAGCGUCAAGGCUUCCUGCGAAGGUCUCAUGGUUAAGAUGUUGGAUGGCACGGAGAGUGGAUAUGAGCCCAGUAAGAGAAGUCGAAAUUGGCUCAAGAUCAAGAAGGACUACCUAGCCGGUGUCGGCGACUCGCUGGAUCUCGUCGUCCUCGGCGCGUACCACGGCCGCGGCAAGCGCACCUCCGUCUACGGCGCGUUCCUCCUCGCCUGCUACAACCCCAACUCGGACACGUACGAGACGGUGUGCAACAUCGGCACCGGCUUCUCCGAGCAGGUCCUCGAGGAGCUACACGCCUCGCUGUCCGCCCUCGUCAUCGACCGGCCCAAGCCCUUCUACGCCCACUCGGCCGGCAACCAGCACCAGCCCGACGUCUGGUUCGAGCCCCAGCACGUCUGGGAGGUCCGCACGGCUGACCUCACCCUCAGCCCGCGCUACAAGGCCGGCUGCGGUGAGGGCGUCGACCCGGCCGGCGGCAAGGGCAUCAGCCUCCGCUUCCCCCGCUUCAUCAAGAUCCGCGACGAUAAGAAGCCCGACGAGGCCACGUCCAGCAGGCAGGUGGCGGAGAUGUACCGCAAGCAGGAGAGCGUGACCAAGAACAAGGGGCCGGCUGUGGACGAUGACUUCGAGUAUUGA